CCUCCCCCUAGUCCCUGGCCCCCCGCGCUCUGUCCCCGUCGCUUGCUCUUGCUCGCUCACGACUCACGCCACACGGGUCGUCGGGCCGCGAGUUGCCCAUCGACGCGACGCACGCCGGCGGAUGCGCGCGCGGUAGUGGUCGCGAGUCCGGUGAUCGUCGCCGCCGACGCUGACUGACCAGGUCGCCCUUCCGGUGGCCACUGCAAUAAGUAAGGAGGAGCAGCAAUGGCAUCUCCAGACCCUCGGACGGUCUUCCUCGUCUUCAUCGUCAUUCUCGCCAUUGUCGUUAUAAUCCUGCUUGGUAUCUGCUGGAAAUUCCUCAAACCAGACAUCAUGAGGAAGCUGCUGCGGCCAAGAAGCCCUGGUUCAGAUGUUCCUGAGUACUUCAGCAGCAACAUGAGCGGAAACCUCCGGACGAUCACCUACUUCGACUAUGCCACCCUGAAGAAGGCCACCAGGGAUUUCAACCAGAAAAACCAGCUUGGCAGAGGAGGCUUUGGGCCUGUAUAUCUAGGAAAACUAGACGACGGCAGGAAAGUUGCAGUGAAGCAGCUCAGCGUCGGCAAGUCUGGACAGGGCGAGUCAGAGUUCUUCGUCGAAGUUAACAUGAUCACAAGCAUCCAGCACAAGAACCUCGUGCGCCUGGUGGGGUGCUGCUCCGAGGGGUCGCAGCGGCUGCUGGUGUACGAGUUCAUGAAGAACAAGAGCUUGGACAAGAUACUGUUUGGGGGUGAUGACUCGCCGUUUCUGAACUGGAAAACCAGGCACCAGAUCAUCAUCGGCAUCGCUCGAGGCAUGCAGUACCUUCACGAGGAGUCAAACCUGAGGAUCGUUCACCGCGACAUCAAGGCCAGCAACAUCCUCCUGGACGACAAGUUCCAGCCCAAGAUCGGCGACUUUGGCUUGGCCAGGUUCUUCCCCGAGGACCAGACAUACCUCAGCACUGCGUUUGCCGGCACUUUGGGUUACACUGCGCCUGAAUACGCCAUCAGAGGGGAGCUCACGGUAAAAGCCGAUACCUACAGCUUCGGCGUGCUGGUGCUCGAGAUCGUCAGCAGCAGGAAGAACACGGACCUAAAUCUUCCAAACGAGAUGCAGUACCUCCCAGAACACGCAUGGCGGCUCUACGAGCAGUCCAAGAUCCUGGAGCUCGUGGACCCGAAGGUGCAGGCCGAGGGGCUCGACGAGAAGGAGGUCCAGCAGGUGUGCCAGAUCGCGCUGCUGUGCGUGCAGCCGUACCCGAACCUCCGGCCGGCCAUGUCGGACGUCGUGCUGAUGCUGACGAUGAAGGGCGACCAGUCCAUCCCGGCGCCCAUGAAGCCGGCGUUCCUCGACCGGAAGAACCUCAAGGACAAGAACGUCGCGUCGGACACGGCGAUGGAGAUGAGGUCGGCGUCCUACUGGAUGAACACGCCGUCGCCCAUGGUGGACAAGCCGUACGACAUGAGCUGUGGCAUCUAGCAGGCGUUCGUUCUCGUGGAUGCCCUACGAGCAGGACACUGCUGCGCAUUCAAAGUCGCGUUGUGAGUGUAGUGUGUGAUGUCCGGUAAGAACUGUUUCCAUGCGAUCCAGGGCUCUGGGAGCUCAUGUUUCAGUAACAGAUUAAGUGAGUGCUGUGAAUCGGACACAGCACUGUAGGACACCUUUUUUUUGGGUACAAACUCGUGCAGCGCUAUUGUAAAAAGAAUAAUGAGUGCUGUGUAGCAGCAGGAACAGCAUGGGGCCGAGCCGACAGAAUUGCAGUUUUCGUUAGUUGACACUCUUCAUGGCUAUAGACUGAAUUUACAGUGACAAUAUCCACCGCUGUAUUAUGCAGGGGAUCACUUGUCACAAGAUCAUCAGACUAAAGUGUGUGGUGUGUUUUUGUUUUCCACAGGCCACAGCCAUCCAAAGUUUGGUGGGGAUUUCAUGUAAUAAUUCGAUUGCACUAGUACUGUUUUAUCUUGUGUUUA